UACGCGACGUGUUGUAGACACAUUGCUUUUGCUUUCGACCGUUCGGCGUCGCAUCAUUCGACGUAUAUAGUACAGUCAUCUCUCAAGUAUAUGCUCGAAAAAUGAUAGAUGAUUCGCCGACAGUGCCCUCUUAGCUGUCAAGUUCAUUCUUUACUUUGCAUACGAUAUAACGCUGUGGUGCUCAAAUCAACGAGUAAAUAUAAUUGUACGCGCUUAUGACUGAUAUCUCUAUGUGUGUUUGUGAUUUGUCAUAUGUGAGGUACACUCCGUGCACUUGUCUCUCGUGCUUAGUAGUGCCAAUUGUGCAGUUCAUUUACCCUUUUUAGUAUAAAUUUUGUUAUACUCACAUAUAACAUUAUCUCUCUGUCGAAAUUAUUUUUUAGAGCUUAAUAAGAAGCAAACACUUUUGACUAGAAAAUGGCCACAAUUUAUCCAGAAGUAAGUGAAGUGAAGGAGAAGGCGUUGCAAAGUUUUUCGAAAGAAUUCGGUGUGAAUGCCGAUAUAUGUGUAUGCGCACCAGGUCGAGUUAAUCUGAUCGGAGAGCACACUGAUUAUAACGAAGGUUUCGUGUUGCCAAUGGCACUUCCAAUGGUAACCAUGAUUGUUGGUAAAAAAAAUAACAGCAUAACCUGUAAAAUCUUCUCUCUGAGUACUUCCAUAGGCGGACAAAGUGUAGCUGAAUUUAAUUGUGUCGAUCGAGAGGCAAUAAAGCCAGGCGAACCUAAAUGGGCCAACUACGUUAAAGGCUGCAUCGCAAAUUUUCCACAUUGUACGCCAGGAUUUAAUGCCGCUGUUACAUCGACGGUUCCUGUCGGUUCUGGACUAAGCAGUUCUGCUGCUCUUGAAGUUGCGACGUAUACGUUUUUAGAAGCGAUGACCGGACAAGUAUCGAGCAAACCAGAAGAUAAGGCUCUUGCAUGUCAGCGCGCAGAACACGAAUUCGCAGGAGUUCCAUGUGGUAUAAUGGACCAAUUCAUUUCGGCGAUGGGUCAGGAAGGUAAUGCUCUGUUGUUGGACUGUCGGGAUUUGACAACCAAACAGAUACCUAUGCAGAAACUAGAUGAUUGCGUUUUCCUCAUUACAAACUCCAAUGCUCCGCACAAACUCAGUUCGAGCGCUUACUGCGAGCGCAGAGAUUGUUGUAUCGAGGCAUCCAAGCUUCUCGGCAAGAAGAGCCUUAGAGAAGCUAACGUCAAUGAUCUUGAAGUCCUGAAGUCGAAAGGCGCGGAUGAAGUAACGAUUAAGCGAGUCCGCCACGUAAUCACGGAAAUCGAAAGAACUUUGGAAGCAGCUGCCAGUUUAGAAGAGAACGAUUUUGUCAGAUUUGGCCAAUUAAUGAACGAGAGCCACAAUUCGCUGCGCGACGACUACGAGGUUUCGUCCAAAGAACUCGAUAGUCUUGUUACAAUCGCACGUGGAGUUGAUGGGGUGUUGGGAAGUCGCUUGACUGGCGCAGGCUUCGGUGGUUGCACGGUUACGCUUUUGAAAAAGAACGUCGUGGAUACAGUCAUCAAGCUUAUCAAAGAAGAAUAUGCCGGAACUCCAAGCUUCUACAUAGCUAAACCUUCGAAAGGUGCUCAAGUGUUAAAACUUUAAUGACCAUAUACUGUUAUUUUUCACAAUACGCAAUGAUAAGAAGUAUGAAUUGAUAUCGCGCGCAAGAAGUGCAAGUGAAAAUCUGCAUAUUUUUCAGAAGAUAUUUUUUAAAAUUGAUCUAAUAAAAUAUUAUAUGCGUGAAGAUCGAUAUCAAAAAAUUACACAUAUAUAUUUAUACAAAUUAAAACUAGUAUUUUAUUUGCAUCAA